AUUUUUCUACCACUUGACACCAGAUCAGCAAACGUUCUUCGAUAUGUUGCGACGGAACACCACUCGUUCAUCGACUAACGUGAAAUAGUCAAUGCUGUAAUGUAUCCAGAUGAAAAUACGGUACAAUACCAAACAACCUAGACAACACCAUGGCGCCGGCGAGGAAAUCCAAGGUUCACCAACCGUCGCCGCCAUCUCGGACUCUCGUCCUCGAUAACGGCGCGUACACGAUAAAAGCAGGAUACGUGGCCGGAGAUUUCGUCGACGAGCCUCGCUCUAUACCGAAUUGUAUCGCUAGAGACCGCAACAAGAAACUCUAUGUCGCAUCCGAACUAGACAGUUGCGCCGACUUCAGCGAAGUCGCAUUUAGGCGGCCGGUUGAGAAAGGCUUCAUCGUGAACUGGGAGGCCGAGAAAGAGAUCUGGGAGCGCGAAUUCUUCGACGAUAAAGCCCCCCAGUUGUGUGAUCCAUCCGACACUCGACUUUUACUUGCCGAACCGUCCAACUCUCUUCCUGCCUUACAAACAAACUGCGAUCAGAUGGUAUUCGAGGAGUUUGGAUUUGCUAGCUAUUACAGGGCCAUCGGUCCGUCUUUGAAUUCUUAUCAUGAUGUGCAAGGCAUCCUCCGAACACCCAGAGAUCCGGGAACGAUCGCUCAACUCCCGGCCGAGAUCCUUUUACUCAUUGAUAGCGGGUAUUCUCACACCACCAUUACGCCCAUCCUCCAAGGAAGGCCGAUUCACCCGGCCAUCCGGAGACUCGAUGUAGGGGGGAAAUUGUUGACAAAUUACUUGACCCGACUGCUUUCUCUUCGUCAUUAUGAUAUGCGCAACGAGACGUAUAUUGUAAACGAGAUGAAGGAGACGGCCUGCUACGUCUCUCUUGACUUCAAAGGAGACCUAGAACGUACUUGGAAGGGUACCAAGGGCGAACGCCGGGAAGAUUAUCUCAGUGGUGGAGGAGUGGCCAAAGAUUACGUACUACCGGAUUUCCAUACGAGAACGAAAGGUAUCGUCCGCGAGUUCGACCCCGUCCAAGCUUCUAGGGCUAGAAAACUAGCUGCCGGCCGGGUAGGCGAGUCUAGCGAGGAUGUGCUGACCCUCAGGAACGAACGCUUCACUGUUCCGGAACUUCUAUUUCAUCCUUCAGAUAUCGGCAUACGCCAGCCGGGUGUUGCGAAUCUCGUCAUGCAGUCGCUGCGUGGCCUACCUAUUGGGCUGUGGCCUGGGUUCCUUGCUAACAUCAUCGUUGUUGGCGGCAACUCCCUCUUCGACGGAUUUGUCGAGAGGCUGCAGAAAGAGAUCGUCCAGCUCGUCCCAGACGAUUGCUUUGUCCGGGUUGCCCGCCCCGCGGACCCCUUAACGAGCACUUGGCUAGGCGGUGCCAACCUAGCGAAGCACGAACACAUCAACGCCCUCUCUGUUACGAAGCAGGAGUAUGAAGAAUUUGGCGCUGCCUGGGUUGCACGCAAGUUCUCGGUCGGAUUGGAGUCAUGAAAAAGCCGUGAAAAAGUCGUGGCUUGUUGCGUUGAAUAUCUAUGAAUGAUUCUAUGGCAUUGAACGCCCGUACGUGUACUAAUUUGUGUCAUAGGCGACACCUUCAAGCACGUCUAGGUCCAUGGGCAUCCCAAAUUUAUUACGGAUUGAAUAACAAGUAGGUAUUCACUCUAUGUGCUAUUCCGCCUGGAAGACCAUUGGUCCGGUCUUCCCAUGACAUGAAUUGGGGCGCGAGAGAACGUGGUCAUAGAUGCGGUGAGACUUGUAUGCAUGUCGACAGUUGGGGCCUAAUACUGCAACUAUACCACUUGGGCUCUGUGCUCGUUCGAGUCCUAAAGGACUCGAUAGUUACCCAUCGUGUGCUGCAUUUCUCUAGACCAUGUCAUAGAGUAGUUACAUAGGUGCCUAUCCAGGUACAUAAAUAUGCAAAACUAAAAGUAUCUCCAUCCUAGAAAUAUACUGGCACAAU